GAGGCGGGAGUGUGGCAGGGCGUGCCGGCGUGUGUCCAGUGUGUGAGCAGGCAUCCCGGAGGCCCGUCCCCGUGGUCUUUGUGUGUGUGGCGAUAGUGAACCCUGGCGUGUUGGGUUAGGGAGUUCCUUCCGGGAGCAUCUUGUCCCUGGGUUCUCAGGUUCAAGUAUGAGGAAAGGGGGUAUAAGUCUCUUCCAGCGGCUCUAUGAUCUUCUGGCUCUGGGAUUUUAGUUUUUUUUUUCCCCAGAAAGGAUGUGAUGUGUUUUUUUGUUGUUGUUCUAUAAAUUUUUUUCUCCCACGUUUCAUGACUUCAAAGUAAAAUUUCGGAUUUGUCAAUGAUGCCAUCCUAUCCUAGUCUGGGGCCCCUGAGAGCUAACGAGAAGAAGUUUGUUGCCCAAGAUCCUACAGUCUGGCCUGUAGAGUGUUCAGGAGCAUAAACUUUUGUCAAGUACUGGCAGUUUUUCAGGUGAAGGGUAUUUUAUUGUUAGGUAAAUUGAACUGUAGGCUGGUUUAUUAUUUCCUGGAAUUUGUCAAGAAAUUAGCAGUGACUAGCAAUUCUAGUGUCACUGUAGGCUUUCAGCAAAUGUUUGUCCAGAGUCACCAAACUACAACCACUGCUGAGUUGGAAUAUGGUACUUGUCAUGCUCUGUAAUAGAGAGUAGUUUCAGAGGGAAGCGAGUGAAGUUAUGCCUUGCUGAGUGUGCAAAAGGAAAUUAAGGAUGCAGAAUGACACAUCAGGGCUUGAGAAUCACUUGCCCGCACACCAUUGUAUUGGUGAAGAUGGUGAGAAGUUGUUUGCUGGUAUUCUGAUCUUGGCAUUUGUUUUUCGUUGGAAUAUACGUUGCACAUUUAUGGCGAUUCUGAGUGUGAGGGCAGACUUCUGCCAGGCUCAGCACAGCGUUUUCGCUGACAAGUGAGCUUGGAGGUUCUAUGUGCCAUAAUUAACAUUGCCUUGAAGACUCCUGGACACCGAGACUGGCCUCAGAAAUAGUUGGCUUUUUUUUUUUUUAAUUGCAAGCAUAUUUCUUUUAAUGACUCCAGUAAAAUUAAGCAUCAAGUAAACAAGUGGAAAGUGACCUACACUUUUAACUUGUCUCACUAGUGCCUAAAUGUAGUAAAGGCUGCUUAAGUUUUAUAUGUAGUUGGAUUUUUUGGAGUCCGAAGGUAUCCAUCUGCAGAAAUUGAGGCCCAAAUUGAAUUUGGAUUCAAGUGGAUUCUAAAUACUUUGCUUAUCUUGAAGAGAGAAGCUUCAUAAGGAAUAAACAAGUUGAAUAGAGAAAACACUGAUUGAUAAUAGGCAUUUUAGUGGUCUUUUUAAUGUUUUCUGCUGUGAAACAUUUCAAGAUUUAUUGAUUUUUUUUUUUUCACUUUCCCCA